GCAACCCUCAACCACCAGAGCAACGCGGCGCCUCGGUCUGUGAUCAGUAUCUGUUUGAGAAAGUCCAACAUGAAGUGGAUUAUUCUUUAUCUCCUAACACUUUGCUUCCCUACAACCACAGCAGGCUGUAAUCCUCUGGAUGUUAUUAAAAAGUGCCAAGACGAAGAACCUGAAAGGUGGACCAGGUGCUAUGACGAUAAUAUUACGGAGUGCAGACCACUGCGUCGAGCCUCUGGGUUUGUAAAUGUCGACCUGAACCCAUCAGUUCAGGCUGAGUUAGGCCCCACAUCCAAUCACGAAGUCCGAAUCCCAUCGUCAGCUCUUCAGAGAAUCAGAAGAACGCCGUCGGAGGAAACCGUCCAGGUGGUUGCCUCGGUGAUCAACAGCACAUUAUUUCAGCGAACUCCUCGGAGCAGAGGAAGAAGCAUAAUUCCCCAGCCGACUGUCAGAGUAGAGGGAACUGUUUUAAGAGGGCUGGUCCUGUUUGUGAAAGCUGGAAGCCAGCCAGUCAGCAAUCUUAUUGAGCCCAUCCAGUUAAUCUUCAAACACAAUGAGAAGGAGAACAGUGGAACAUGUGUGUUUUGGAAGGAGGAUGAAACAGAGUGGAACAGUGAAGGCUGUUCUACCACUAAAACCGAAGAUGAAUUUAUCUGCAGCUGCAACCAUCUGAGCUUUUUUGCUGUGCUUGUGAAUCCAGAUUUGAAGGUGGAUGAAGAUCAUGUUAAGGCUCUCAGCUUCAUCACCUACGUUGGAUCGGCGCUCUCUGCCUUCUUUGCUUUCAUCAGCCUGUUCAUCUAUGUUGGUCUGCAUCGACGACGUUCGGAAAAGGCCCUCAGCAUCCACAUGCAGCUAACAGGGGCGUUGUUGUGCCUCCACCUCGGCUUCCUGAGUGGCAGUUUCUGGUCUUUUCUGCCAGAUGAGAACAAGUACAGCUGGGUUUGUGGAGGUCUGGGCCUCUUCCUGCACUGGUCUCUGCUGGCCACCUUCACCUGGGUGGCUGUGGAAGGAUUCCACCUUUACCUUCUCCUCAUCCGAGUCUUUAACAUCUACGUCAGAAGAUACCUGCUCAAACUCUGCCUGGUGGGAUGGGGUUUUCCUACCCUUGUUGUAUCAAUUUGUGGGCCUUUACAUGUCUAUGGCAGAUACACUCUGAAAUCGAGGGAUUCCAACGACCAAACAUCAGAAAUAUGCUGGAUGAACAGUGACAUCCCACAGACAAAGUUGGUCACGUACAUCACUGUGGCUUUUCUUUGCCUGGUGGUUCUGUAUAAUUCCUGCAUGCUGUUGCUGGUGGUGUUUAAAAUGCGGGAGUUACGACGUGGCAGAGGAGACCGCGAGUCCAGCGACUGGAAGAAGAUGAGCAAGGAGAAAGAGUCCAGGUUAUGGAAGGACGGCGCCACAGUUCUCGGCCUCAGCUGUGUACUGGGGUUACCAUGGGGACUAGCCAUCCUCACCUAUGUUAACUUACCUGGAAUCUACUUGUUCACCAUCUUUAACUCUCUGCAAGGUCUAUUUAUCUUCCUGUGGUCAGUGGCUUUAUCAUGCAAGUCUCGAUCAGAAAACAACUCUUCAGUCCGAGAUCCUUCCACCCAGAAAAUGAUGACAACCAGCUUCAAUAACUGAAUCACUGAUUUUUGCUGUAUGAACAAACAGUGCCUAUAUUAGGUGUUGACGGACUAGUGGAUUCCUUUUAUAUGCAUUAUAAUAUUGCAUACAAUGACUCUUUUUGCUAAUGUUAGACUUUUCUAUAAGAUUUCUUUAAAAAGACAGUGCUCCAGAAAUAUGAUGUUCUUUGCAUGUAUUUAUUGUUCAGUUUUUAUGUUUAUUAAAUAUAUCAGGAAAACCUGAUAUUCACCUGAUUGGAUGGACAUCUGUGUCCAUCCAAAGUUUUUCAGUUUAACUAAUAGAUGGUUUUACCCAACCAAACUGUUGGACAGCUGAGGUUUGGCUUCUGGGUGGGUGUUUGUUCAGUUCCUACAGCCAUCCACCAGAGGGAGCCAGGAGGUCGCUGCUUCACGGAGAACCUGCUGAGCUAAUUACAUGCACCUGCAAAUUCUCUGCUGAAUCAGCCAGAGCUGAAAAGGAGCCAAAUUGCCAGUCCUCUGAUGCCUGAGUCUUAGCUUUACAUCUGGGCCUCUCAGUGUUUGGUCUUUUUAUGUUCCCUGAGCUUUUUGGAUUUUUUUGUGACUUAAUCUAUGAUCUCCUAUAAAGGCGUUCUAUGCAGCGCUCUGGAUUCUAGUGAUGGUGAGAUGAAGCUUCCUGAAGCCCUGAGGCAUUCCAGCCAAUUGUUGGACUCAUGAUCUGGUGCAUCACGGUGCUUCAUUUGAUCUGCUGCGACAUCAAGUGGACAAUAUAUGUAAAAUAGGCAAAGUGAAAACAACUUGAAGCCUUACAAUAAUAAGUAAAUGAUGUUUAUUUUUCUGAUACAUAAAUUCUGAUUAUAGUCUUAAUCUGUUCAGAUGAAAGAAAACUGGAAACAAAUGGGGGAGAUAGUUGUGAUUGACUUGUUACUCUUACCAAACUAUGUCACUAGGGACAAAUUUACAUUAUUUACUUAAAAAUAAAAAAUUCAACUUUG